AUGUUUUUGAGAAAAUCUACUACCUCUAUAUUAAGAGGACUUCCAAAGAAUUUAAAUCAACAAAUAAGAAAUAUGAUGCUCCAAGAACAUUAUGCUAUGACUGUUCUCCAAAAUAAUGAUAUCCCUGUUCCACCAUUUGCUGCAGCAAGAUCUGCUGAUGAAGCUUUCAAUGUAGCAAAAAAACUUGGCGUAAAAGAUUAUGUUGUCAAGGCACAAAUUCUUGCAGGUGGGCGUGGAAAAGGAAAAUUUGAUUCUGGACUUCAAGGUGGAGUUCAUAUUGUUUAUUCACCAGAUGAAGUUAAAGAAAAAGCAUUGAAAAUGAUAGGAUAUAAUCUUAUUACCAAGCAAACCGGUUCUCCUGGAAAACCAUGCGAAGCUGUAAUGAUAGCCAAAAGAUUAUUUACAAGACGUGAGUAUUACUUUUCUAUCACUCUUGAUCGUUUAACUGCUGGACCAGUACUUAUUGGAUCAAGCAGAGGUGGUGUUAAUAUUGAAGAAGUUGCUGCUGAUGAACCGGAAGCAAUUGCUACAUUACCUAUUGAUGUUAGUGUUGGUAUUGUUGAAGAUAAAUUAGAGGAUUUUGUUAAAAAAAUGGGAUUUCCAUCUAGUGCUCAAAAAGAAGCCAAAGAAUUAAUUAAGAAAUUAUUUAAUCUUUACGUUAAAAGUGAUUGUACUUUGUUAGAAAUCAAUCCAUUAGCUGAGGAUGUUGAUGGACAAUUGACAUGUAUGGAUUGUAAAUUCGUUCUUGAUAGUAAUGCCGAAGAUAGGCAAAAAGAAUUAUUUGCUAUGAAAGAUACAAAACAAGAAGAUGAACUUGAAGUAAGAGCUGCUCAACAUAAUUUGAAUUACGUUAGAUUAGACGGAAAUAUUGGAUGUAUGGUUAAUGGAGCUGGACUUGCUAUGGCUACAAUGGAUAUAAUUAAAUUACAUGGUGGUGAGCCAAAUAACUUUUUAGAUGUUGGUGGUGGUGCAACUGUUGAGCAAGUAACUGAAGCUUUCAAAAUAAUUACCGCAGAUAAGGAUAAAGUUCAUGCAAUUUUAGUUAACAUUUUUGGUGGUAUUGUACGAUGUGAUGUUAUUGCACAAGGUAUUAUAAAAGCUGCUGAAUCAUUAAAUAUAAAAUUACCAAUUGUUGUAAGAUUACAAGGAUCAAAUGUGAGUGAUGCUAAAGCAUUAAUCGCUAAUUCAGGUCUUAAAAUUUUGGCUUGUGAUGACUUAGAUGAAGCAGCAAAGAUGGCUGUGAAAUUAUCUGACAUAAUGAAGAUUGCAAAAACUGCAUCAUUAGAUGUAUCUUUUGAACUCGGAAUUUAA